UCCUGCCAGCUCGAGCGCUACCGUUAGCUAGCAAAUAAGGGAGCAGCGAGUCAUUCUCACGGAGGAAAUCCUGUUUUGAUACCUCAGCGUUAUGACACUUUGCUGAAUAAUUCGUUUGGGAAAAUGAAUUUGCGAUUUUCCGGUGCCAACAGCCGCCUGGAAGAUAUAAUCUCCUCUGUAAAGUCCGCUUUUUCACUCCGACCUCGGUAGCUGAGCGGGUUUAGCAAGUCAGAUCGUUUUGACAAGACGAGUGGCUCAUCUGUCCGCUGCUGCUGCCGCUGCUGCUGCUGCUCCGUGACGUUGGGAGAGAGAUUUGGACAAAGCCAUUCAGAUGUUGGACGGUAAAAAUAACCUCGGAACUCUUACGUUUUUACACCGGGUUGUGACAUUGAAUUACGGAGCUGAUCAUCUGUCGAGAAAGUGUCAGGGAUAAGGGGAGGAGUGAGGUCUAUUUUUGGAGGGCCAGAGUUUGGAGCUCGCUCCGGAGGAAGGAGUCGGGUAGGGGGGUGUGCGGGGGAGGAAGACCCGCAGAGAAGAAGGGACGUAGCGGGAGAAGAGCCUGAUGCCAGUGAUGGCAAACGAGCCGAUCAUCCUGAACGUCUACGAUAUGUACUGGAUCAAUGAGUUUACCAGCACUCUGGGCAUUGGAGUCUUUCACUCAGGGAUUGAGAUCUAUGGAAGAGAGUUUGCCUAUGGUGGACACCCGUACCCAUUCUCAGGGAUCUUUGAGAUUACACCAGGUGAUGCAACCGAACUCGGCGAGACCUUUAAGUUCAAAGAAGCCAUAGUCCUGGGCAGCACAGACUUCACAGAGGAGGAUGUGGAGCGGAUCGUGGAGGAGAUGGGGAAGGAGUAUAAAGGAAACGCCUACCACCUCAUGCACAAGAACUGCAACCACUUCUCCUCAGCACUGUCAGAGAUCCUGUGUGGCAGGGAGAUCCCUCGCUGGGUCAACCGCUUGGCCUACUUCAGCUCCUGCGUGCCAUUCCUCCAGAGCUGCCUGCCCAAAGAGUGGCUGACCCCGGCUGCCUUACAGUCCAGCGUCAGCCAGGAGCUCCACGGAGCAGGAGAGCUGGAGGAGGCCGAGGACGCCGCUGCCACAGCCUCCCUGGCAUCCAUGUCGCCCUCCUCCUCCUCCAGCCCUUCCUCCUUGCCUCGCCAUUCACGCCACCACCAGCCCCGCCGGUAGGAGCUGCAAGGUCUGCUGGGAGACUCGGAGGCUCGACUUGUGGUUACAGAGACUGUCAGAUAACCGGAUAACUGCAGCGGCUGAUGAGUCCAGCGACGACCAGAAGUCCUAUUAGACUGUCCCGGAGCAAGGCUCUGAACUGCUCCCUGCUCCGUGGUAAGAACGGCAGCCAAAUCUCUGCAAUGAUCCAGAGCAGUGGGAGGAACUCUUGGUGCUGACGAAGGCAGGAUCAUCUCUCUGGACACGGCUGAUGGAUUCCAACAUCCCGUACUAAAUCCAGACUGAUCCCCUCAAGUCUCUUUCAUUGUUUUACCAGCCAACUUGCAGCGCAGAACGGAAACAGCACAGGUCAAAAUGUUUCAAAAUUUACCAGCCACAUCCAGAUUUCACCAGCAGUUAGUUGGUAGAUGGUGCUAAUCUCCACCUUGUCGCAGUGGAAACCAUUGAGCGUGAGUUUGAGUCAGUUUAUAAGGACAACAAAAACACAAACGCAUCACCAGACCUUUAUUUUUCCACUGUAGUGUGAAUACAUCUUUUCAUAUUAACGUUCAUAUAAUCUGAGCUUCGACUGUAUUGCUCUCAACCAAAGACUGUAUGUGAAGAAGGACGGCGUGACAGCUACAGUUUAGGUCAUAAACCCCGCCCCCUCCAUGUUAGUCGAUGAUAUGGGUAUAAAUAAGUUUUUCAAGAUGGCUUCUGUCAUUACAGGAAUAGUUCUUAUAACUCCUGUUCAUUUUCUGAUUAGUUGGGUUUUUAUUUGUAAUUCGAUGCAAGGAAAAAGGUGUGUGACGUCACAGUUGACAGCUGUAUGUGUUAAUCGAUGUGCUUGCAGUCAGAUUUGUGAACUUGAUAUUGUGGCUUCACUUCCUGUUGCUACUGUGCAGAAUUUGGCUCCAAAGGCACAAGAUGGCAGCGCUCUUGUCAGGUAUUUUUAAUAGAUGUAUAAAGGGAACUGGAUACAGCAAUGGAGGCGGGGACUUGUUUAUGCCCAUGAAAGUUGCUCAGUGGUGCAUGAAGCCAAUAUAGUUCUACUUCCUGGGUGUAAAAUUACCCGCAUCUUCUGUAUCGUUGGGCCCAUCAAGUGGCUAAAUUACAUGUUAGCCCUCCGCUAAUUUGGACGCAGAUAAAAUGAUUCAAUCACCUGACUUUCAAAAUGUUAAUCAGACUGAAUGGAUCAAAUCCCGCUAGUUAAACGAGUCAUUUUGUGGGGGUUGUGACAAUCAAAAAAAUGUGUCCAUUGAUUUACAGACGUCUCUUUCCCAAUGUAAGUCUAUGGGGCCCCAAUGGCAUCUUUGUUGUUGCAUAGUUUGGUCACAUUUUCAGAUUGGCUUCAGAGUCCAGUGCAGAUCUGAGGGCCAGGGGCCAGUUGCACAAAACAUCCUUAGUAAAGAUUUUCCUUUAAGUCCUAGUUAAGGUUUCCUUAAAGUAUUUACUUCAGUAUUUUUUCCUUUUCUUGGACUUAUACUUAAGGAAUUGGUAGACCUUUGCACAAAAGACCUUAGCGACCAAAUCAAGGUUUAAAAAAAGUAAAUGAGCUCUGACUCUGUUUCAACUGCAACAUGACCGAGUUUAUGUUGAUGAAGGAAAAAAACACACACCUUGAGAAGAGUGUUAAGUGACCAGGAGAACCCAGUGGAUACGCUUUUGAUUUCACACUUUAAAUUUGACUGAAUUGAUUUUCGUUGUAUCUUCCUAUAGGUGUUUUCUGUUUUCUAGUAUUUGGGGUCAAAUUUACUUGGUAGUUUGUGCUUUCUAUGAUUGUAUACCUCCAGAAGUUUAAUCUUUUCCUCCUCUGACCAACACGGUUUUCUUGUCUUCUUUUUGUCUGCCAUUAUUUCACGAACUAUAAGCCAACUUUGUGAGAUGAUAACAGGCAUCACAAGCACAAGAGACCAAGCAAACAAACAAUCUCCAUCAAAACUUUUUCUGCUGUAAAAGGAUUUAAUGUUUUUCCUUAACUAAGGACCUUUUAAGGGAUUCUGUGCAGCUGUGGAAGUCCCUCAGCUAAGGAGAAAAUGUGUCAAUCCUAAGAAGAAAACUUAAGGUGUUUUGUGCAACCGGUCUUAUGAUACUCCAUUUUAGUACAGUGGGAGGAAGUGGCGAUACUUUGUGCAUCUUCAUAUACAGUCUGUGUUCUCAACACUGCAGUCUGACGCCAUGUGAGGAGAAAUUUCGUUAUUAUAGUUUUAAAUUACCGCUAACCAAGCCUUGGUGUAAUUUGACCUGUGGCUGGUAAAUGUUUUCACACUGCAGCCGUCUGUCGUUAACACAUCCUGAAAUAUUUGGCUGGUAAAAUUGUGAAAGCAGCAGGUGGAGUUGGGAAUCGAUACACUUUGCCUCAACGUGCUGUGUGUGUGCGUCAGGACCUCAGCCUUUUGUAAUGUUUCUCUCACAGCAGAACUACAAUCAGUGUCACUUUCCUCAAACACCACAUCGACACAGACACGCUGAUCCAGAACCAGUGUGGGUGAAACCCCCAAACACACCUCCAAUGGGUUCAGUUCCAGGUAACUUCUGCUCCCCUAGUUUCUCUCUUUGUUCCUUUUUGAUGUCAAAUCUGUAUCAGCAGUUGUCAGGUACCUGUAGCAGCUCCCAAAAUCCUACCUGCCCCUCACGGGAUAACCACAUGUGAUUAGAGAAAACUGAACCCAUAAAUUAUAUCAGCCUUUAAUGUAACGAUCAUAAAAAGCAACAGUAAUAUAAUGUUUUUUCUCGUAAAAUAAUUUUAGACUGAGGUUUGGGCAGUGACGUAGAGAUUUUUGUUACUAGAAAUUCCUGGAGAGUGAAUUAUUUCUCAGUAGCAACUGCCAAGGUGCCUUUGAGCAAGGUACUUAACCCACAAGUGUUCCAGUGGCCAACAGCAGAGGACUGUGGUCGUGCUGGACUGCUCCCAGUGUGUUCGCCUCUGUGAGCAAAAUGUAUUUACCAGAGGUAAUUCAAGGUUCAAGUUUACAUUACGGACAUGAUGUCAGCCCACAGCGGUUUGUAAUCUGCGUAAAUGUCUGAAGACGACAGGCGGGUGGCGCGGAGGAAGGGAGUUUGAGGAAGAGUGUGUCUUAAACAGGAAGUGAAACCCUCUCCAACUGACCUGCCAUCAGCCUCCUGACAGUCACUGUCCUCACAUCUGUGUCCAGUUCGGGACGAUGCACAUUUCCUUGGUUUUAUUUCAAGCGUUUAUACUUUCAUUUGAUGUGUGAAUAACUCACUGAAAUCAUCACGUACUAUAAGAAGAAGAUGCUGCUUUUCCCAAAUGAUGAGCACCUCAUUUCUUUAUAUGCUGUCAACAACAACAACAACACGAAUGCUGCAUCAUGUGUAUUGUCCUAAACAAGAGCAAUGGAUGUGUUGAAACAUACUCAGUCGAUUUUAGCUGAAUUGCUGGAAGUCCGAGGACUCCAAGCUGGGAAACUGUCAAAUGUUGUCCGGAAAAUCUUUGUUUUUAAUAUAUUUCUAUGAUAUAUGGACUCUGGCCUUUUUGUCUGUUUUGUUUAUGUUGGAUAAACUCAGGACUCCAAAAGGCUUUGUAAUAUAACCCUUUUAACUUUUUAUCCCACGUUUUAUGUUUGCGUUUGUCGUUGCUUUUUUCUAAUGCAGUAGUCACUCCAGAGAGCUUUUCAAGUACGCACUGUGGCAGUGCAGUUUUAUACUCUUCUCUUUGAUAACAACAACAAAAAAGAGCUUUUGUUUACAACCUGUUUGGAUGUGAGCCUGUGCUGCUCUUUUGUUUUCCUGUCUGUGCAUGAAUGUGUGAGAGUGCGCGCGCGCACGCGUGUGUGUGUGUGUGUGUGUGUGUGUGUGAACACUUGUAUUAUUAAUGGUUAUCAACAAGCUGCCAACUGGGCCAAAUUUCCCGACAUGAAACACACACACACGGCAUAAUAGAACAAAUGUAGCAGCGUCUCCAAGGUUUUUGUUUUUCAAAAUGUUGCCUCAUCUGCAAGAGAUACGAUUUCUAUGAACAACUUCUUGUCCUUUAAUUUCGGAUGUUCUCAGUAACAUUUCAGUUGCUGGUAAAAAAAAAUAUUUUCAGGACUUUUUUUUUUUAGCACAAAACAGAAGCAGUGUUAAAGCAAAGACACACACACACACGGUGACAUUUCUCAUGACACCAGCAUAUUUGUGAUUUGGAGUGAUUCAGCUUGGUGUAUUAUGAAUUCAUUUAAAUGUUGAAGUUAAUUUUUAAUGCACUGACACACACACACUUACCGCUCUUGUCGGCGCCCUCUGCUGGCUGUUACCUGUACUGUUACCUGUCUGUGCUUCUCCAACACAGACACUGAGGUUUCCCUUAACGUUCAUAACUUUCAAGGUUAUUUCUGUCUAUUGACAAACAAUAUGUCAUCAAACACUAGUCAUCCACCAGGGGAAAAAAUAGUUGCUUUAUGUUUGUAUCUCAACAUUUAAAGUUCCACAAAUAACCAUUACUGAGGCCAAAGAUAACUUCACUCUUUUUUUGAACAGCCAUUGAGCCAUUGAUUUUCAUCACGUGUGUCCUGCUUUCAUAAUGAAUGUCUUUCCUUUUUUUUUUUAUUAAACCUUCAUUUGUUUGAAUAAAUGUGGUUGUUCUAUCAUUAUAAUAGUGAGUUUCCUGUCAGAUGAUUAUUUUAUGGGACAUUUGCACCACUUUGUGUGAGCUGUGAAAGUAGAUUGGGAAACCUUAGUCAUUCAUACCCCUCUUCAAAAAACUGACUUCAGCUGUUUUACAGUGAACUCUCACAAAGCCUUCAGAGGAGUGGACCCGAUUUGUACCCUGUUGUAAAGUUAUUAAAGAAAAGUAUAC